CACAAAUUGUCAUACAUCUAAUUGAAUCACCUCUAAUCCUAUACCAUGGUCACUACCCCUACACUUACACUCAUUGUGGCGGCACUCGUGCCACGCCUCGGGAUCGGGCACCAGGGCGGUCUCCCGUGGAAGUUGAAGCAGGAGAUGAAGUACUUCCGCCAGGUGACGUCGCAAGCGUCCAAGCCGGGCCACAGCAACGCGGUGAUCAUGGGCCGUAAGACGUGGGAGUCGAUCCCGACUAAGUUCAGACCGUUGCCCAAUCGCAUCAACGUGAUCUUGACGCGUACGGGUACCGACGCGCUACAAGGCGCAGACGGCGCCGCGCUUGUCGCACACUCCAUCGAUGAUGCUCUCCUGCAGUUACAAGGCAAAUUGGUGGACAAGAUCUUCAUCAUCGGCGGUGCCGAAAUCUAUAAUAGCGUCAUUAAGGAUGCACGCACCACUCGUGUGUUGCUUACAGAGGUACAUGCGGAGGGCGCGGUCGAGAUGGACACCUUCCUUGACUUUCCGUGGUUCAACGAAGAAAACGCCGGGUGGGCGCGCGCGCCGCGUACUGCGCUCCAGAGCUAUAUUGGGCCAGAGAUUGUUUUGCCGGAGCAGGACAUUUCUGAGGGCAGCUUCGUGUACAAUUACAGUCUCUUUGAAAGACAGGAAUAGACGUCUACUGAUUGAUUAAUGGCAGGAAAGUGGCUAUAGUUGCAGAGAGGAGAUUGAAAAAGCACUGUCGAGAAGCUCUAAACCUGUGAAUUUUCGAACUAUUAAGCGAUCCAAGUUUGAAAGGCAAUGUCUGGUAUGGUCAGAAGCCAAAUCUUAGGUGAGUUCGAAAUAAAUACAUCAUUGGCAGCAAAUGCGGGUGGUGGGCAUGAUAAAGCAGCCACUGAAUGAUGUACACCCUUUAUGACGGUAAUGCCAAAAUUAGGUACAAAAUAACCUAUAACCUGUGACGCCGUUUACCAAGCAUCUCUGUAGGGUUUGGCGGUAAAAGUAAAGCAUGUACUAUACGUUAGAAUUUGCGACUUUGACUCUACAGAGGUGUGGCACUAAGAAAAGACUGCCAGCAUUUGGAGAAAGUUAAGAACACCCCCUUAGAUACAUAGCAAUGUUAGCGCCGGUACUGAGUAUCAGGCCAAGGUCUAGAGUGUAAUACACGAAUA